CUCGGUGUAUGCUCGCUGGACGUCUUGACGCAAAACAAGCCAACAUCAAAAUAAGAUUAGUGGAACGGAUUUUCGGUGCGUAUUUACUUACGCCAAUCUGUAGAAUAUAGACACAGAAAUUGAGAAGUGGAGAUGUAAUAUUGAUUAUUCGUCGUCCGCUUGUUGAUGAAGAAAAACAUUUUUAUCAUUUAUGUGUUUGAACUUGUUCCGUGAUCAACUCUGUUAUAUCUAACGGUAUAAAAGUAGCUUAGUAAUAAGUUUAUAAAUUAGGUAGCCCCAUCCAACAAUGAAGAGAUGGCUCUCGAGCUGAGUGUUUUGACUUUGAACAUCUGGGGAAUUCCAUACGUGUCCAAAGACCGAGCCGUUCGGGUGGAGGCCAUCGGUGAUGUGUUGGCCAGUGGCAAUUAUGACAUUGUGUCGCUGCAGGAGGUUUGGUCCGAUAGUGACUAUCAGUAUCUGAAAAAGCGGGUCGAAGGUGUGCUUCCAUUUGCUCACUACUUUUACAGCGGUGUAGUUGGAUCUGGGUUGGCUCUACUCUCCAAAUAUCCAAUAGUGUCGGCCUUGUUCCAUGCGUGGUCAGUCAAUGGCUAUGUGCAUCGGAUACAGCAUGGCGAUUGGUUCGGAGGAAAGGGUGUUGGAUUCGCCAAAAUUGCAGUUAAUGAUCAGUUGGUGAAUGUGUAUGCUGCCCAUCUGCAUGCCGAGUACGACCGCAAAUGCGACGAUUACAUGGCCCAUCGGGUGAUCCAAGCGUACGACACUGCCCAGUUCAUCGAAAGCACCCGGGGCAACUCGGUUCUUCAAAUACUGGCCGGAGAUCUGAACACCGAACCGGGUGAUCUGGCCUACCGGGUGCUUCAAACCAACUCCAAGCUCACCGAUACGGCCGAUCGGAAAAUGUAUGCCGCCGGGUUACUGGGAACGAACGAGAUCGGCCGGAACAGCUACACCGAUCCGGAAGCAGCCAAAAAGUAUCCCCAGGGAAAGCGAAUCGAUUAUAUUAUGUAUCGAUUUGGGGAACAUUUUGAGGGUCGUCUGUUGGAGCAUCGUCUUCCAUUGCCGGAUCGCAUUCCCGGGAAGGACAUUAGCUAUUCGGAUCAUGAGGCCGUCUAUGCCAAGAUCAUCUUGAAGAAGGCGAGUUCGUCAGCUAUCCAUAAUUUGAUGGCAUGUGGUAGUGGCGAGGGGUUGCAUGGGAAGUGCGAUAGCAAUGAUCAGGAAACGAUUCUGGCUCUGCGGGAAAGUAUUGUUAUUUGUAACGAAAGUAUGAAGCAGCUGGAAUCGCACAAGCGAAGCUACACGCUAAUGGCGAUCGGGGUGAUUAUCGUUUUGCUCAAUAUGCUCGAACUGGAAGCUCCCUAUGGAUUGAAGAGUGCGUAUUUGCUGUUGAAGUUCUUGUUGUGUGGGUUUGUGAUUUUCUUCGUCUUUAUGGCGACGAUAUGGAACGUGAUGGAGAAGCAUGGGAUCCUGGCUGGGAAGCUGUCCAUGGAGAUUGCGCUGAAAGGGUACAAGGAUCUGGGGUUGGCCGAGCGCCAUGGAGCAGGUGCUGAUGUUGCUCAUUAGUGUUUACUGUAAGAAUGGCACGUUGCAAAUGACAAAGUAGUAUUUUCAAAUGUAGAACUAUGCAUUUGAUGCAUCGCACUGAUUUUAACGUUUUAUGUCUUGGUUUUAAGAUUGUAGUGCAAUCGUUUUUUUAAUAUAAUUGACAAAUACAAAGCAAAAAAUAAUCUAAUAAAAUAUACAGUUUACACUAUGAACGAACACUUCUAUCUUCAAAAGACCUCACUUAUUGGACCCCUAACAAGAAAUCCAAACGUAUCAUUGCUCCAACUUUGUCAUGGUAUUUUACAAAUCUAUUGCAAGUAUAAAAAUUUCUGCUAGCCUAA